CGGGCUUGGUGAAGUCUGGGUGAGAGAAGAACGUGUCCGAGUGUUGAGGAAAUCUGAUCUGACCUGAGGCCUUGAGUCAUCCAUCAUCCCGCUCAGCACCAAAAUUCUGGGUCCUGCGCCGCAGACAUCUUUUUUAUUUAUCCCACGCCCACGCCCUCCCACACUUUCUCAGACCUUGCAUACACAGUCACACCCUCUUCGUCCUUCAAGCAAGGAGAUUUCGUGGGCAGCCAUGUGUGGUAUCUUUGCCUGCCACGGCCAUCCGUCGAUAGCCACCUUCAAGACCACUGCCCUGCAGUGCGUAAAAUGCCUCCGACACCGUGGUCCUGACUGGUCAGGCAACUGGAUCGGAAACAACACAAUCCUCUGCCAUGAGCGACUCAGUAUCGUGGGUGUGGACACUGGCGCACAACCGCUGGUUAACGAUGAGGGAACCAUUGCUUUGGCUGUCAAUGGCGAAAUCUACAACCACCGAAUCUUGCGCAAACAAUUCGACACGCCCUACAACUUCAAAACCCAUAGUGACUGUGAGGUUAUUAUCCCACUGUACAUGCAAUACGGGAUAGACGCUCCGAAGCACCUGGACGGCAUGUUCUCAUUUGUUCUGUAUGACAAGGAACAAGAUCGAACCAUUGCUGCACGCGAUCCCAUUGGCAUUACUUCGUUCUACCUCGGUCGAUCGAGUUCAACACCAGGCGCUGUCUUUUUUGCCUCUGAAUUGAAAGCACUAGCUCCUGUUUGCGACAAGAUCGAGGCUUUUCCGCCGGGCCAUAUCUACGACUCCAAGACGGACAAACUCCACAGAUAUUUUGAACCAACAUGGUGGGAUCCCGAAAAGGUUCCUUCCACGCCAGUCGACUACAAGCUACUCAGAAAGACACUAGAAAAAUCCGUGCUGAAGCGACUUAUGGCUGAGGUGCCUUAUGGUGUGCUGCUGUCUGGUGGCCUCGACUCCAGUUUGGUGGCUUCCAUUGCGCAGCGGGAGUCACUUCGUCAACGAGCACUCAUCAACUCCCAGACCAACGGUUCUACCAACGGCACAAUCAACGGUGACACACCCAAGACCGGCUCCAAGCUUGUCGGGAUUGAUGACGAGGACGAGUUGACUACUGUCACCUUCCUGCCUCAACUGCAUUCCUUCUCUAUUGGGCUACCAGAUGCGCCGGACACGAAAGCAGCAAUCGAAGUGGCCAAAUUCCUAGGGACAAAGCAUCAUGAUCUCACCUUCACCAUUCAAGAAGGCCUAGAUGCUUUGUCAGAUGUCAUUUACCAUCUCGAAACCUACGAUGUCACAACAAUCCGCGCUUCGACACCAAUGUAUCUUCUUAGCAGAAAGAUCAAGGCCAUGGGGGUGAAGAUGGUUCUGAGUGGUGAGGGAAGUGACGAGAUAUUUGGCGGCUACCUCUACUUCCAUGCCGCUCCAAACAAAGAAGAGUUCCACAGAGAGACGGUCCGAAGAGUCAAGAACCUCCACCUGGCCGAUUGUCUGCGUGCCAACAAGUCAACAUCAGCGUGGGGUCUAGAGGCUCGAGUGCCUUUCUUGGACAAGCAGUUCCUCGAAGUGGCGAUGAAUGUCGACCCGGCCGAGAAGAUGAUCACGAAAGACAGGAUCGAGAAGUAUAUCAUUCGGAAAGCGUUCGACACGACCGAUGAGCCUGAAACCAAGCCGUACCUGCCUGAUCACAUUUUGUGGCGGCAAAAAGAGCAGUUCAGUGAUGGUGUUGGCUACGGCUGGAUCGAUGCUUUGAAGGACAAUGCCGAGCUCAACGUGACGGACGAGAUGAUGAAGAACCCCAAACCAGAAUGGGGCGACGACAUCCCAGACAGCAAGGAGGCAUAUUGGUAUCGGACAAUGUUUGAUCAGCAUUUCCCGCCGUACUGCGCCUCGACGGUUAUGAGAUGGACUCCGACAUGGUCCAAGCAGUCGGACCCUAGCGGAAGAGCCAUAGCUACUCACGUUGCACGAUAUGAGAACGGUGUCAAGGCUGAUUCAUGAGAAAUUGUAUAGAAUUGGGAGCAGCAUCACCCGGAGUUGGGAAUGGUUUCUGAGAGGCAUUGAUUUUGCCCCUUAAAAGCUUGCAAAGCUCGUGGGAUACUGCUUUUCCUUGUAAUUGCACAUAGGCUGGGGAAAUGAGAGUGCUGAUAUAGGCUGGACAUUGACCGACAAUAAUGGAACACAUACCUACCUACAUAACUCGCAAAUACCCUGGGACAAUUGA